AUGCCUGAUCUAGCUGGUCUCGAUGAUGUCGUGGAGUGUACCUCUUCACGCGUGACGAUCGGUGACAGUGGAUCUAGGCAGCUCAGCCCACUCUCUUCCCCAGCGGCGGAGACCGAAUACAGAAGGUCCAAGAACCGACUUCAUGCCUCGACUAACUAUGUCGAGUCAGAUUUUGAGUUGACCUCCACUUUAUGGCCCUUAAGUGAGCAAGGGCUCCGAAUCGAGUGCAAGGACACAGAGUUCGCAGGAGGGACGACGAAGAAUGUGCCCAAACCAUCUCAGCCAUCUUGCAUUGACUGGUCUAGGAUAUCCUCGUUCUGUUAUCAUGGCGAGUGCGGAAUAUCUCAUUUGUGACGAAAUCGGUGUGCUUCAUUCAAAGGAUAGUCCUAAAGUAGCGAUGGUUAAAUACUUCUAGGUUUUGAUCAUCUUUCACGCGUACAGCCCACCAUUCACAAUCGUAAAGAAGGACUGACCAGCCGGAUGUACGGUACACGCGAAUCUUUGUGGUGAUGGAAAUGUUGCUUCGGUCCGUAGACACUUCCAAGGGUUAUAGAGAAUCCAGCGAGCAGCAUCGGGUUGGAAGACAUUGUCGUCCUUACUCCGUCCGUUAAGAAGUAGUCUCACUCCGAGAUGUUUGAAACAGUCUACUUCUUCGAGUUUGCAACCAUUAAACUCGUUACCGAUACACGGUCUAGUUCCACUACCCGCCACAGGGACUCACGAUGGACGAAAUCGAACCCAGCGACACGGCACGCGUUGGCCGGGCUACGCUGAAUCUGCGCAUUCCAUCGCAGCUGCUACACAUGGGAACGUUAUUGCACGCCUAGGCGCAGACCUACGCUGCGCCAAACGCCUGUGCCCAGUCUUCACAUCACGUAGCUGACCGGAUAAGACGGCAGAUUGGUGAGGGAAGGAGAAUGAGAUCGACUCUGGGCAGUCUAUUCGUAAGGCACUUCAGCACAUACCCCACUGUGAACAAUAUGACCCGCUUUGGAACUAUCAGGAUGCGCCAAAUAUUGUGACUUAGAAUGCUGCUAACUGGCGGGAUAACUUGGCCCUGUCAGGAUCAGAGUCCGGCUGUGAUGGCUCCUUUUGAUUGUGGCCUCUAUAGUACUCCUGCCCAGUUGAGAUGCCAGCAACUCCCUUUGUUGCUAUGAAAGCCUGGUUCAUCAAUAGCAGAACAAAUUGUGUGUGACAGGGGUUGACUGACUGUUUAACUUUGUCAGUUACUGCAUCCGAUCCCGCCGCCGGUCGUCCUGACUCUGUUUUGCCACCCGGUCCAGAUGGGUGAGGGAGGAGAGUGCGGCAGAUGUUGGCGGAAGGAACCUGGCUCGAGCCGUCUGAGCAGAUAACUUCCGGGUUCUUCCGCUGAUCCAGUCACUUCGGCGUCGCUUGCUAUAUCCAAUUAUUAUCUCAGAUGCUCCAUAGGCUGGAAUUUUCAGUGACGACCACUGAUUACUGCCUUCUCUGUUGGGUCGGAUCGUAAAAGUGAACCAGAUUUCUCUGCACAGGGCCUCGACAAUGGUGAUUUGCCGGAUUUUUGCGACAUAGAGGCGUCUAGGACGUGACACUUUUGGCGCGGAUGAGAGAUGAACUUUGAGGCCUGUACGAACGAGGACAUGGCCCGACCCAUGGUCCUUACCAGUCUCGCCACCGCGCAUCGAUCCGCUAUCAUGGACGCAGCUGCGGAACCUUGAGCUGACUAGUAUGUAAUUAGUCUGACUGGCUAUAUGACCGUCCUUUCAAUACCAGGUCAGUAGAUGUUUGUUGUGAUGCUGGGAGCACGUGUUGCGACAAAUGGUCGGUCCUGAUAGGCGAAGUUCGGAAAUCUCUCGUCAUUUUCACAUGGGGAACCAAUCCCAGAGCGGCCAAGAAGAUGUCUGUUGGCGUAGUCGCCCGGUCCAGUCCGACGCCUCAAUCCGCGACAACAAUCAGCAGAUCGCUGUGAGGGAGUCUGUCAACUAGCGGUUGCAGCUGCGAGUAAAACACCUUUUUUAUCGCGCUGUUUGGCAGCUGAAGUUAGUGCGUACAUCGAGGUGAUAGAGAUGCUUCUGAAGUGACCCUUCAGACGCACGUGUGCUGUCCGAUCAUUGACUGGUGCCCAAGCAAGUAAAACGAGUUCCGCUUGUUACGAGAGGGCGAUUGCCACACUGUGUCUACUAGAAGAGUCGUGUGGGCCGCUGUGGUACAGGGUGAAGUGUGAUUCGACUAAAGAGAUAUUUAUUUCCCGAGAGCCAGAGUUAGGAAUUCGAACUUCAGUCAGCGGACAUCCACGUACCGGUUAAGGCUGCGAGUUGUCGGACUUUGGGUACCAGGGUCCAGGAUCGUUCGUGCACUCUAGCAUCCAGUACCAAGGGUCCGUCCUCAAUUGAGUACUCCAGCUCGCAUAUUAGUCACCAGCACCACUGGAGCAGGGUUGCAGAGCGCGUCGGUUCCUGCGGAGGCCGUAGAAUGGGUCUUAGUGCUGUGGCCGGACAUAUUUCAUGAGGUUUCUUUGGAAUUUUGAGUAGAGGCGGGUCCCCAACAGCCACUCGGAUUGUUUGUUCGAGGCUGUCUCUUCCAGCACUUUGGCCUAACCACAAGGCAACGGUGGCAAGCAAACUUAUUUAUUGGCGGUUCACGGUUGCCAUGUCACAGUGCCGUCAUAGGGCUUUGCGACUUUUGUUAUAAGGCUUUCAGCACGCCAGAGCUCAAUCCUCCUCAUCCCGGUAGCACUGUCGCUGCUGGUCCGUGACUGCUUAUUCAUCAGAACUGGGUCUGCUGUAUCCUGCAGCUAACCUUCACUGAAGGCUGUUCCACCAUAGAGGAGUUCGAAUGACAUUGCCAUUUAGAGGGCACCCGACCAGUAAAAUUCUACAAUGUGAGGAAUAUCUUUUGUUUUGUCGUCAUUACGUUCCGUUUUUGGCGGCCGUUCUUCUGUAUAUCUUGUGGUGAACUUAUCGGAGUGGCCACUUUCUCACAGUGUUUCGCAUAAGGGCGAGAUCGUUCUCCAGCGUGUAUCUGGAGUGCAGAUCCUCCUAACUUGGUUGGCUAAGCAGCAGUCUAAGCUUCGUUUCUGAGUUAGUAGAACAAGACUGUAGAAGUGCGUGUACUGCCCUGUCAACCUUGUCUUGUGAUAUACGCUUCUACGAGUUGUUCCGCCAGACAUUUUACUAAGUAGGACAUCCAGAAAGGGGAGGGCCUCCCCCGUCUAUCAUUCCAAAGCGAGGGUUAACGUUGGGUGAACCUGGUUAACCCCGUGUAUCUGGCGAAAAAAUUGACUACUGAAUCUGAGUUGAACAUUCGACAUGCAGCAAAGGAGCAGUUGUUUUAGGGCUAAGCCAGGGCUUCCAAAAGGGAAUUCUUACUUGACAAUUUCGUCACAUGUAUUAUGUUGUUUCUGUGAGGAGAAUAUCUUUGAGCAAUUACGAAAUCGAUGAAUUUAAGGGUUCCGUAGGCUGAUGGUGGUUAUUUUGCGUAGGGCGGGUGUGAUUGUCUCUCCCAGCUACUUUGCAAUUGCGUAAUAAGGCGAAUUACGCACGUCUAAUGUCGUUCGCAAACGAAGGUCAGGUUUGUGAAUCUUUGGCCAACCAUAUAGCCUCAGGAUGCUUGUGUCGUCAGUUGGGCAUAAGGGAUUCGAACUUUUCUUCGCUAGGGGAACCUUAAUCUCUCGGUUUCUUAAGACUUCUUUUGAGUUGGACUUCUGUGACCUCGGUUUGAUCGUUAUUUUUGUUCUCCCUGUUUUGUUUCACUUUUACCCCUAAAUACUGAAACGUGCAUAUCAGGAUGUACAUGCAUCAGAUCUACUGAGAACUAUCAAUAAUAUACGCGAGAAGUCAGUAUACUUUGCCAUAUCUCAUUUUCCUCCCUUUUUAAGGCGACGUCUUAUCGUGCGACAGCUUCAACUUCACUGCGGCGAUAAACGCUGCGAACCAUCCGACGGCCAGAUGGACUGUCAAUCCGACAUUUACCAUUGACACCACCGCCUCUGUUGUCACGGAUUCCCGCAUCUGUCACUCUACUGUCUGGGUGUCUGCCAUCGGCAACUUUAACUGA